CACAUUCAAUGGAAUCUAGAGAAAUUGUAGACAACUAUGUCCUUAAUUCAGCUUCCGUGUUGUUUUAUUUAGUUAGAAACAGUAAAGUAGCAACUUGUCUAUUUAUUAGUUUAGUUAGGAAAUUAAUUGAUGUUUAGAUUUCUCGGGUUGUGGAAAUAAAUUGUAACCACACGAUUGGGAGAGAGAAUAUGGAUCCAAGAAAUUUUUUUGCUUGACUUUUCUUUUUAAAUAAAAGAGCUAAUGUUUUUGUGUUGAUGGUGGAGGUAUCCACGGCCAUCACGGCUAUCACCUUUGUAUCAACCUCCUUAUCCAUCACUUGUAUAUCCAUAACCACGAAACCUCUACUUCGGUGGUAUCCAUGGCCACCUACGUUUCCUCCACUCUCACGCCUAUCACCACCUCCUCCUUUCAAAUAACCACCACCAUUGUAUCCAUCUUCGUAUUCAUAACAUCCACGACCAACUGACCACGAUCUCCAUUUCGGUAGCUACUGCUAUCACGGUCACAACCUCCGUAUCCACCAUCUCUGUAUCCAUGACCACCAUAACCGUAUCCACCAUCUUUGUAUCCAUGACCACCAUAAUCUCCAUUUCCAUAUCCAUUACCUCCGUCCAUGACCACCACCGUAUCUACUUCCGUAUCCAUUAUCUCCGUCCAUGACCAUCACUUUAUUUACUUCCGUAUCCAUUACAUCCAUCCAUGACCACCACUGUAUCUAUUUCCGUAUCUAUUAUCUCCGUCCAUGACCACCACUGUAUCUACUUCUAUAUCCAUCACCUUCAUCCAUGGCGAGGGAUUUGGAACCGCGAUUCAUAACUGAGUCAGGAGAGAAGGAGUCGUGUGAGCCCGGAUCUGGCGCAUAUAUUGAUAUAUGAAGAGGCGUAUGUUGAUUGGAGGAGUUUUGAGAUCCGAUAGGAGAGAGCCAUAAGAGGUGAAUGUGAGAGAAAAGAGGUGGUGAGUGUCGCGGAGGAUGGUGAACCAACGGCGUCGGAAAGAAAGCUUAGUGCUUCGCCAGAGAAAGGGAAGACACCGUAGCAGAGGAAAAAAAGUUUUAACAUCACUGAACCUUAAAAGAUUUGAUUUUCAGUUUGUUUUCUCUUUCUGUAUUCUUCUGGGAUUCUUGUUCUCUUUGUAGAUGAUAAAGAACAAAUAGAGAGGUGGAGAAUAAUUGUAUUGGAGAAGCAGGUGGAAGAUGGUGAACAAUUAAUGGAAGAAGAACGAUGAGAUUUGGAUUCAUAAAUUGAAAUAUAUUUGAAGCGAUGUAAUUAAGUUCUGCCCAAGUACUUAAUAGUCCAAUAAAUAGAUGGCCCAUUCCGGCCCAGUUAGCUCCUCUGUGGCUUGCCCGGUGCUCAAGAAACGAUCUAUUCCUUUUUCUCGUCUUCGUUUGUCACUUAACAGCUUCCUUCUUCAUCUUCUUCUCCUCGCUUGACCUUUUCUCUCAAUUUGAUUACUUUUUAUCAACAAGGGUUUUAACAAUGAAGCUUGACACUAGCGGGUUCGAGACCUCCAUGCCUACAAUUGGAUUCGGCUCAAGCAACGAUAUGCUUGAUGGGUUUACUACUGUGCCUUCGUUUGAUCUUCCCCGCACAACAGAUUUUGAUGGGUUUCAGAAAGAAGCAGUACAGAUGGUGAAGCCAGCGAAAGGAACAACCACACUUGCUUUUAUCUUCAAAGAAGGUGUCAUGGUCGCUGCUGAUUCUCGUGCUAGCAUGGGAGGAUAUAUCUCCUCACAAUCUGUGAAGAAGAUUAUUGAAAUCAAUCCUUAUAUGCUUGGUACAAUGGCUGGAGGAGCUGCUGACUGCCAAUUCUGGCACAGAAAUCUUGGAAUUAAGUGCCGUCUACAUGAGCUGGCAAACAAGAGGAGAAUCUCUGUUUCCGGAGCUUCAAAACUCCUCGCAAACAUGCUCUACUCAUACCGUGGAAUGGGACUUUCUGUCGGCACCAUGAUUGCUGGAUGGGACGAAACUGGUCCUGGACUAUACUAUGUGGACAACGAAGGAGGAAGGCUCAAGGGAGACAGGUUUUCAGUCGGUUCUGGUUCACCAUACGCUUACGGUGUACUAGACAGCGGGUACAAAUUUGAUAUGUCAGUUGAAGAAGCUUCUGAGUUAGCAAGGAGAUCAAUCUACCAUGCGACAUUCCGUGAUGGAGCCAGUGGUGGUGUUGCUAGCGUGUACCACGUUGGUCCUAAUGGAUGGAAGAAGCUUUCUGGAGAUGAUGUCGGUGAGCUACACUAUCAUUACUACCCCGUGCCACCAGCCAUUGCGGAACAAGUCAUGGAGGAAGCGGCAGCCGAGUAAAACUAAUAUUCUCUUUUACUUCCAAAUAACUCACUAUCUUUCUCUAGCUUAAGCUCUGGUAUUCACUCUAUUAAGAUUCUCCGUUUUCCUGCAAACAUUGCUUUGUUCAAUCAACUUGUGAAACUCUUCACCAUGUGAUUCAACCUUGAAAUUAGGAACACAAGUUGAAUAUUAUUAAAAGAA